UCUAUAUAAGGCUACAUGAGUCAGCUGUUAGUGUGUACAGAUCAACUGUUAGUGUUUUGUCUCUUCAGUCAUCGUCUCCACUGGCACUGACAGGAUGGCACAGCCGGAGUGGAUGAGUAUUUUCCAGAUAAAAACAAAUGAUCUUCCAGAAGAAGACUCCUGGCGUCUGCAGUUUGAUGACAAUAUUGUACCUGACAGCCCGAACUCUGGAUGGAAGCAGUACAUCAGGAACACCAGUGCAUGGUUCAAAUGCACCUCCUGUGGAAGAGGCUGGCCAUCCAACAAGGUGAUGGUGCUCUUCAACAUGCGCCUGACAAAGUGGGAGGGCGUGGUCAAGGUGAGGGCCUUCCGUCAGAACUGCAAGAAGUGCAGCGCAGCUCCGAUGGAGAAGCCCACCAUCACCCCCGAAAACAUAGACAUCCUCCUGGAGAAUCUGAUGAAGAAGAUAAGAAUAAAAUGCUACCAUGAAGACCUGGGCGAAGCACAAACACCUUAUCAAACCCUUGAAGUCAAAAGUCCCCAUGAGCCUGCUCAUUGUGAGGCUUGUAUUGCAGGCUAUUGCUCUCAAAGCUCUUAAUUUGAAAUAUGAAUAUAUUUGUCUCAGGCUUUGUGUAACACACUUUAGUAAAGCAUCAAUUGUAUUUGAUCUCCUCUCCUUUCUUGCCGUGUCAUUGUUGGUUGCUUCUAUCAUACUUACAGUAUAAACAAUAGUCAAGUGCAUGCAAGCUUUUAUAUUUAUUCUUUUUGGGGGUCAAAAGUCCUUAACAUAUGAAGUUGUCUUCUCCAAAGCAUUAAAAUAACAUUCUUACAAUCAGUAAUGUUGGGAAUAAUUGAAGUAUAUACAAACAAUAAUGGUGUGAAUGUGUUCUGUUUUCAAAUACUUUUGUCUGAUUUUAAAUGUAAUGUAUGAUUAUUGCACAAAAAGGAAAUAUAUAAGCAGGUCAAUGAAUUUGGACACUUGAAGUACAGUUUUUAUAAAGUAGUCACUAAGAUACCGGUAAACUAAUCUUUAAACAGUACAAUGUUUAACCCAUAAGAACCCAGACCCAUUUCUACUUUUGGGGAGAUUAAGGGGAAGACAAUUUAGACUAAAUUGUUAUGAUUCGUAUUAGUUUUCCCUGUUUAAUUUGUUCAGUCAAGAUCUGCUUUCCUGUUUUAUUUGUGAAAAGUGUUCACCCCCCGUCUUGUCUGUUGCUUCCUGUCUCUGUGUUCCUUCCUGCUUGAUUACCCGAUUGUGUUCACCUUGUGCGGUGCCCCUGUGUUUUCUCCUCCCUCCCCACCUGUGUCUUGUUUGUGUGAUUAGUCUUGUUGUGCGCAUUUAAGUUCUGUUUUUUCUGUCAGUCCUGUUGUGAGUUUGGAAGUCGUUGGAAGGAUUCUGUUCUGAGGGAUUUCAUGUUUUACCUUGCCUUAUUUUACUUUGUUGCCUGUUACGCAAUUAAAGGAUUUUUUGAUUUUCAACCAAC